UUCUUUCUCUGCAGCAAAGACGCAGUUCCAGGAUCAGAUCUCAAAGCUGCAGCGUACAGUCCUCACCAUGAAUUGUGAGCUGGAGGAUGUGAAACACAACCGCACAGGAACCAAUAAAGGGAUCUGCUGCCCGAAAGGCUGGCUCCCUUUCGCCCGGAACUGCUAUUGGUUUUCCAAUUCGGAGAUGAAAUGGGAAGACGCGAAACUGGAUUGUGAAAAUAAGGAGGCCCACCUGGUGAUCAUCACCACUUACUUGGAAAAGAUGUUUGUGGUGGCACACACCAAGCCUCGCAACUUCUGGAUCGGGCUGUCCUUGGUCAAUCAGCUGGAAGUGGGUGGACGGGACACCCUACACCGUGCGCAGGAUAGACUGGCGACCCCAGGAGCCCAACAACUACUCCUACAUGGUUCCCAUGGAGAGUGCGGACUGCGCCCACAUCUAUCGGGACGGCCUCUGGAGCGAUGAGCAUUGCCUGUACCGGUAUAAUUGGGUCUGCGAGAUGGAGGCCACAGGCUAAGCGGCACAAAGGCUGCAAAAGACAACGGUGGCGCUCUGCACAUGGGCAGAGGCCGGCUGUGAUCUUCAUGGGGGUUGGGAGAGAUGGAGGCAAAGGGCUGUUAUCA